UCUUUUAUUUCCAUUUCCCACAGCCGGGAGAGAAGAGGGGAUAUGUAAUGGAGUCUACAAAGGGAACCGUUAAAGGUGUGGCUCUCAUCAACGGAGAUAACAGCAUCAGAGGUUCUAUUCAGUUUGUUCAGCACCCCAGUGGGAUUACCCAUGUGACUGGAAGGAUAACAGGGCUGACCCCGGGUCUUCAUGGGUUCCAUAUUCAUGCUCUUGGUGACACCACGAAUGGCUGCAACUCCACUGGUCCUCACUUCAACCCACUCAAGAAGAACCAUGGAGCUCCUUCCGAUGAGGAGCGUCAUGCUGGUGAUUUGGGUAACAUUGCUGUAGGCCAUGAUGGAGUUGCUGAGAUUUCUAUCAGUGAUGUACAUAUUCCGCUGAGUGGAGUUCAUUCCAUACUAGGGAGGGCUGUUGUUGUACAUGCUGAUCCUGAUGAUCUGGGAAGGGGUGGGCAUGAACUCAGCAAAACCACUGGGAAUGCAGGCGCAAGAGUAGGAUGUGGUAUCAUCGGGCUCCAGUCAUCUGUUUAGGUUAGUGUAACUGCAGAUAUUUGUUAUAUUCAUAGAUGGUCAAUGUCUUUUUGAUUUUUUUUUUUUUAUCAAAGUACAAUCAUGCGGGAACUAAUAUAACUAUUGUAGCAACUCUAAUGAUAAGUCAAAAACUUAUAUUCCAAAUUUCCAAUGUAAUAACCCGUUUGUUCCCUACUUUAUGGUUCCAUCCAAGGCAACCUUGGUUUACCUGCUA